CUCCUCGCCGCCAUCUCCGCCACCCUCGUAUUCGCCCAAGAAGCCGCUGGCACAGCCGUCUGCAUCCACCCCAGCGGCAUCCUCCUCACAUGCGCGCAUUGCGUCGCUGAGAACGCAGAAGAACUCGACCUCUCGGCACGCCACUGGCUGCUCUUCUCCAGCGGCCGCGUCGUAGAAGCGCGCUGCAUCGCCUUCGACGCCCGCCGCGAUCUCGCGAUGUUAAGAAUCGUCGCCGCCUCUACCCCGAGCCCUGGUUCUCCAAACCUGUUCCCGUACAUCGAGUUUGCUUCCGCGGAGCCGCAAACGGGCGCGCAGCUACUCUGCAUCGGCCACCCGGGCAGCGAAGACCUCGAAGCCGCUGUGAGCGGCGUGGCGACGGGGUACGACGUGCUGCAUGUCAGCCACGGGGCGUGGCGGGGGUAUGCGGCGGGGCAGGAUGUGGAGGAUAAUGAGGAGAUUGGGGCGCUGAUGCAUGAUUGCUGGACGUAUUGGGGCCAUUCAGGGGCGCCGUUGGUGGAGACGAAGACGGGGGGAUUGGUGGGGUUGCAUUCGAGUUGGGACGAGGGGACGGGGAUGAGGAGGGGGGUUGGGUAUGGGGCUUUGAGGGGCUUUUGGGAGAGAGAAGGAAGAGGGUCGGAG